GGAGCAAUGGCGGACGGCGGACAACUGCGACUCGCGCGAAGAUAGGUGUCUGUUAUCGACGCACGUCCACCGUGGCCCGUGACUCCCCCGUCUUUUCUCUCCAUCUCUUCUCGCUCGUGACAAGGCGAAUGAAGGCGAAGCGAGAAGGAUAAGCCGGGGAUAAGCCGGGUGACGCGUCGCGCGAAAAGACCGAGAGCGUUCGUGAAUGAAAGAGGGAGGGGAAAAGGGAAGGAAAACCAGGCGAGGAUUAGAGGAUAAUGCGCGACUUCGGCAGGACGAGAGUGUCAGGAGUGUGAAAAGUGCAAGGAUAACCGGAGAAGAGACGUUUGCAUCCGCGGUUUCUCGUGUCGCCGCGUCGCGCCAAUAUCGAAUAUCGUGCCGAUGAGGGAGGCUCGACCCAAAGAGGAUUACUACGUCUCAACGCGUCGACGAACGGACGCGGAAUGAGACGCGGAGCCCGCCAAGGACGAAGCGCCACUUUAAGAUAGAAGAUGAACUCGACCAGCAUCACAGAGACGACGAUAACGCUUAUAGCAGACGAUGAACAGUCGGAGCCCGAUAAGACGCAUUUAUUCGCGAUAUAUGAUCAGUAGAGCUUGGGACCGACCCGGACAAGCAGGAGAGGUGUGCGUUGAAAGGAAUGUUCAAGUGGGAUUGCAUAUGAUUUGAACGUCGACAAGAAAUCAUUGUAGACUAACGAUGGAUCUCUGAACCCGCUGACAGUGACUCCCCUGAUGCACUUCUGGAUCAACAAACCGGCGGGCAGGUACUACGGUUUCACUGGCCGCCGAUACCCUGCCACACCUGUGCCACCAAAAUCACACAACCAAUGUCGGCGCGGCGGUGAACUUAGGCAAAUGGUGACUCCAGUGCAUCGAUUCCAGGGCCUUGCAGGUAACCUCGCAGCCGGAAACGCAUCGCCAGCUGGACCUAGUAAUGUCAAUAAUUCCUGCCGAAGCAUCGUCAAUCGUUCGACGACGUCUGCACGAAUCCAUAACAACGAGAACCGUCAUCACGGUUCGGCGUCGCUCAGCGCCGCCCAACUCGCCCAGCUGAACAACAUCCCCAACAAUGUCACCGACGCUAGUAACAAUCAACUGAUUCUGUCUAAUGCGACCGGCGCGAACGGUACAGAACGGAAUAGAAGCCUACUAACGGGGAGCGUCUUUGAUUUACGGGAGGCCGAACUGGCCGGCUUCCGACUGCGUUGCGGCAUCUGGUCCUCUUUUGCUCUGGCAACAAUCUUUGUGGCAGCCGCCAAAUUCUACUUCGGUUAUCGGGGACCUGGCCUGGAGAUACUCGUGUUUUGCGGGCUGCUAAUAUUGCUGCUGUCCGCUUGUUUAUACUCGAUCUUCUGCAAAUAUAAUCGUGAAAGCUAUUACCACCAUAGCGGUCGACCGGAGCACAACGCUCGUAUGCAGGAGGAUCACAUUGUCACUUUGACGAACGCGUCCAACAUCGGCGACAGCGUUGUCAAUAGAGCGGCAGCGACAGUGCCGACGACGACGGUGAGACAGAACCCGCCUCCGCCGCCUUAUCACAUCGCUAUCCUGAUACCACCGCCGUCACCACCGCCACUUGCGCCCUCGGACGAGGCGCCUCCACCCUCUUACGACAAGAUCAUGCGAUGAAAUCGCCAAUAAAAUCGGAACUAGGACA